AUGGAGGGGGACUGGGAGGCCAAGGAGACAAAUCCCAUCGAGCACUUGGAAAAUGCUGGAUUCUUCAAGAAGCUGUUCACCUCCUUCGGCUGGAAGCUGCUGCUUCUCAUCGCGCUCUCGGAGGCAACUCUGAAGGGCUUUGUGGGCGGGGGCGGGAACGCUGGUCUCAUUGGCCUGCCCAUGGACUACCUGCUCAAAGAGUACAAGGUGCCUGCUGCUCAGCUACAGGUCUACAAGUCAGCGGUCCUCAUUCCUUGGUCCAUCAAGCCGCUCUGGGGCUUGAUAGCGGACUCCAUGCCUAUUUUUGGACGCAUCCGCACGCCCUACUUCGGCCUAAACAGCAUCUUCGGGGUGGUUGCCUUUGUCAUGAUUGCGGCGGUGCCCACCCUGUCACUCCCGGUCCUUCUCAUGAUGUUCUUCCUGGCGUUCACAUGUAUCGCCUGGAGUGACCUGCUCACGGAGGCAGUGUACUCCACUCACUUGCGGGCAAAGCCGGAGCACGGCCCCGACCUGAUUUCGUACGUUUGGGGAGGCAUCGCCUUGGGGAAGCUGGUUUCCAUCAGCAUCGUAGGCGAGCUGUUGGAGAACGUGGGCAACAGAGCCCCUUACUGGUUUUGCGCCCCGGCUGCGGCCGCGACGAUGCUCAUCACUAUCCUCAACCUGCCAGAAGAGGAGAAGCGCCGCGGCCGGUGCUGCAAGAAGUUGGGGGGCUCAGAGCUGCCGCUGGCGAUCGUGGCGCUGGUCAUCGGCUGUGGGGCCCUGGGCCUGUCGUUGCUCAGCGUCUUCGGGGGAGACCUCCGCACCAAGGUGAAUUGUGCCGGCAUUCUGGCAGUCGUAGCGAUGGGACUGGUCACAGCCUCGCUCACGCCAGUUGUGGCUAAAGUUAACGCCUUCUUCUUCGUGCAGAAUAUUUGCGGCCUAAGCAUUUCAGGAGCAUCGUUCUACUUCUUCACAGAUGGACCUGAAGCAUACCCUGACGGACCACAUCUGGACAAGGUAUUCUACACCACUGCCAUUGGCAUUGUGUCCACAAUCUUUACGCUUGUGGGCAUGGCAGUCUACAACCGAUGGAUGCAACACUGGCGCUACCCCGUGAUGCUCAUGGUCGGAAGCAUCAUGUAUGCGAUUUGCAACCUUCUUAGCUGCCUGGUUUACACCCGCGCGAACGUUAGGCUAGGCAUUAGCGACAAGGUGUUCGUCCUGGCCUCCGAUGCCAUGCAGAUGGUGGUCUUCGAACUUUCCUGGCUGCCAAACAUGCUGCUCAUGUCUCAGCUCUGCCCCAAGGGUUGCGAAGCGACAAUGUUUGCUUUGCUGGCGGGCAUGGGCAAUCUCGGAAUGAACCUGGGCGGCUACUUUGGGGCCUUCAUGCUGGAUAUGUUAGGUGUGAAGCCCACGGGCCAGGUGGGCGACGAGGAGGAGUUCCAGAACUUGUGGGUGGCAGCUGCGAUCGCGGCUGUGGCACCGUUGGUGCCUGUGGCACUGGUCUUCCAGCUCAUUCCCAACGUGAGCCAAAAGGACAAGAUUGAGGGGUUGGUGAGCUCAUCUCAGGGAUCUCCGCUGAGCCGCUUCCUGAGCCACUACAUGAAUAUCCAGGAGGAACCCUCUUCGGACUCUGAGACGGAGACAGAGAUGAAGAACAUGAGUCGCCUAGAGAACGAGUCCACCUCAGAUGAGGCUGCCAAGGAGGGCGGCGUUUUGCAAGGCCACAGGAGCAUGGCUGUUGUCGCGCUUGGCGUGGCAGCCGUCGAGUCGCUUUGCUUCGGCUGGAUGGCCGCACCCAAGCUCCGGCCCGUUCAGGGCUGGUACGAGGAGAAGCGACUUGUAGCUCCUGAGGGAGGCGCUCCACUCAGGGGCCCGCACCCGCCAAAGCCGCCGGCGUUCCAGAUGGAAGGUCGACUAUUAGAGCCACAGGGCGAAGAGGAGCAGGUGGGAACUGAGCUGCUGGACAGCUCCGAGGUGGGCACAAAGCUCCACUACCUCUCCCUGGCGAGGACCACUGAUUCCAAGGCACUCUCCGUGGGCAAUGUGCCGGGCCUGGUGGAGUUUGCCUGUCGUGAGGCGCAGCGCGGGGCUUUGCAGGCCGAGGACUUGGGCAGCACCCUGCGCGCCAUUGCGACCUACUGGGAUGAAGCUCCCGCAGUCAAGUCCUAUGUUGGCACCGUCUCGGACUGCCUUCUCGGGCGAGCAACGGAUUUGCAGGCGACUGGAACCACCGACGCCCUGGCGGCAGUUGCGGGGCUAAGCAAUGAGGCUCCGAUGGUGCAGGCGCUACUGCCAGUUCUGAUCUUCCGUUUGGCCAAGACGGCACCGCAGCUGACGACCGAGGAGGCGAUUAGCAACCUCUUUUCUACCACCAUCCUUCGUAGACAGCUGAGAGUUCUCAAGCUGGACGUGUCGCCCCUGACGAUCUUCCUGUCGAACAAGCUGUCCCAAGAGUCCAUGGAAGGACUUCCGAUUCAGGUCUUGACCGAUCUGCUUUGGACGCUGGCCUUCACUCGGACGCUGCCCAACGACCUGAUGGAGGCCCUUGCAGAGCCGCUGGUGGCAGAGCUCCUGCGCCGUGACCCGAAGGAGCUGAGGGCUCACAACACGUAUUCCAUGCUCUACUCCGUUGCCAUGCUGCAGGAGACUUGCGUGCACGCGCGCGUGAGGGAGUUGUUGCCCUUGCUCAGUGAGUCCUUGGAGAUGACGGCGCAGCACAUGACACCCUCGCAGAUUUCUGGCUGCCUGUGGUCACUGGGCUGGAUAGAUCCCACGGGCACUGACACACGAGGCGCCCUGGAGAAGAUUCGAGAAGAGAUCGGAGUGGCCUUGGGAGAGCUGAAGAUGAAAGAGUUGUCCAUAGCUCUGUGGGGCAUGGCAGCGCUUCAGUUCAGAGACGAGGACCUCCUUCACAUUGCAGCAGAGCGCUUCAUCGCUUGGCAUCCUCGAGUCCGCGCCCACAUUUUGGCGAAGCACAUCUCCCGUAUUUGCUGGGCCUUUGCCAAGCUUGAGUUUCGCCACAAGAUGUUCACGGUUGCCCUGAUCGACCGCUUGCAGCCUCACAACUUCGUGAUCAGGUUCUUACAGCCAGAUCAGCUUCACGUGGGACACUCAGCGCGCCAUGUCCUUUUCGGCUCCCGGCAAAUGGUAGGGCAGUUCUGGGACUUUGCGUUGCUUUGGUCAAUCAACUGGAUGAUGAAGAAGAAGCCUGAGCCAGGGAUUGAGACGGAAGGAAGGUAUCAGAAGACCUGGGGAGGACCAGCCCAGCUGAUGAACCCCGAGAAAGAGUGGUCUCUGGAAAAGACAAAGAUCAACCUGGAGGCAAAGGUGAUGGCCUUCAUCAAAAUGAGGUACCGACAUGGUAAGGCACCCAAGAUCGACGAGUUUGGCAAAGAGCGCAUUCACAAAGUCACCAUUGGGAGACUCGAGCCAUACGUCGAGAUUAGCGACAAGACUCCCGUGCCGAAAAGGAAUGCAGUGAUGCUGGAGAAGGCCAUUGCCAGUGGCGAGGUUGGCCCAGAUGUUCCAAACAUCCGGCGCAAGAGUUCUGGCCGGCCAAAAUGGAGCGUCACACGCUGGGUGGAUGGCGACAAGCGCUUCACUGCCUUAACGCAGAGGGAGCGCAUGAAAGAGCUUAAAGCAGCAAGUAUGAAGCAGUUGGAGGCCGAUGGCGCAGUGAGAUCUGGAUGGGCAAGACGAGGUUGGCCUUCUGAGAGAGAAGUCUGAGACACCGGUAUGAUUCGACAGGGUCCUUGGGUUUCACACUCUUUCACAUCAGUGAUGGAGAACUCGUACGCAAAUGCUUCCUAGGACCGGAAAUAUCUUCCAAUAUA